AUGCCGGGCACCGAAAGCAAGUUUCCCAUCGAUCUCAAGUCACUGAAGAAGGUGACUCUCAACCCGACUCAGCCUAAGCUGACGGAGCAGCAGAGGGCCGCGUUGCUGCACAACGUCCAAAUUAUGCGCGAUGCUAUCGUCCUCUUCACGGCGACUGGCGCUGCGCGGGGCGUGAGCGGGCACACAGGCGGUGCGUAUGACACGGUUCCCGAGGUGUGCCUGCUCCUGUCGCUCUUCAACCACUCGGAUGAUUACGUGCCCAUCCUCUUCGACGAGGCCGGACACCGCGUCGCGACGCAGUACCUGCUCUCCGCCAUUGAGGGGCAUAUCCCCGCCGAGCACCUCCUCCACUACCGCGAGGCGAACUCGAAGCUUCCUGGUCACCCUGAGCUCGGCCUCACGCCUGGCGUUAAGUUUUCCUCCGGCCGCCUUGGCCACGUCUGGCCAUGGGUGAACGGAAUUGCCCUCGCGAACCGCAGCAAGACAGUGUUCUUGCUCGGCUCGGACGGUUCCCAGCAAGAAGGCAACGACGCGGAGGCGGCACGGCUCGCGGUGGCGCAGAACCUCAACGUGAAGCUGAUCAUCGAUGACAAUGAUGUGACGAUUGCCGGGCAUCCGUCGCAGUAUCUCAAGGGCUACGACCUCAACAAGACCCUCACUGGACAUGGGCUCAAGGUUCUUACAGUACAGGGCGAGGACAUUGACGCGCUCUGGGGUGCGCUAUGCGAGAUCAUCACGUACAACGGCCCCGCUGCAGUCGUCUGCAAGCGUGUCAUGGCACCCGGCAUUGCGGACAUCGAGGGCAGCACCCACGGACACGAUGUCAUUCCCGUCAAGGCUGCUAUCAAGUACCUCACGUCACGCGGUUACCCCGAGAGCGUGUCGGCGGACAUCUUGAAUAACAUCAAGCCCACGGCAGUGCCUUACCUUUACAUUGGUUCCACCAAGGAGGUCGGCGCGAAUCGUGUCGUGUUCGGUGAGGCCGUCAACCUGGUACUCGACAAGUUGACCAAGGAGGAAGCGGCGGCGAAGGUCAUGGUCAUUGACAGUGAUCUGGAGGGCUCAACCGGCCUGAAAGUCAUUCACCAGAAGCACCCAGAGGUGUUCAUCCCUUCUGGGAUCAUGGAACGUGGUAACUUCAGUGCGGCCGCUGGCUUCGGCUUCGAUGCCAACAAGUAUGGUGUAUUCUCGACGUUCUCUGCAUUUUUAGAGAUGGUGGUCUCGGAAAUCACGAUGGCGCGCCUGAACUUCUGCAACGUCCUCUGCCAUUUCUCACACUCUGGAGUUGACGAGAUGGCGGAUAACACCUGCCACUUCGGUCUCAACUCUUUCUUCGCCGACAACGGGCUUUCCGACGCUCAAUCCUGGCUUUACUUCCCCGCCGAUCCCGCGCAAAUGACUGCCGUCAUACAGCGCGUCUUCUUCGACAAGGGUCUGCGCUUCGUCUUCUCGACACGGUCCAAGGUACCGUUCAUCCUCAAGGAGGACGGGAAGACGCGUUUCUUCGGCGAUGAUUACAAGUUCGUGCCCGGGAAGGACGAAGUCAUUGCGGAGGGCACUGCCGGGUAUGUCGUGUCGUACGGAGACAUGCUGUACCGCUCGUGGGAUGCGGUGCUGCGCUGCCGGCAGGAGGGAUUGAACGUCGGCUUGAUCAACAAGCCGACACUGAACCUCGUGGAUGAGCGGACGAUCACGAAGGUUGGGUCAAGUCCGUUCGUGCUUGUCGUAGAGUCUCUGAACCAGAAGACUGGGCUUGGCUCCAAGUUUGGCACGUGGUUGCUCGAGCGUCAGCUCACCCCUCGCUAUGGCUAUAUGGGAACCAACAAGGAGGGCUGCGGCGGUCUGUCUGAGCAGAUUCCGCACCAGGGCCUCGAUCCGCAAUCCAUCAUCCUCAAGAUCAGGCAGCUUUCACAAUAG